CUUCAGAGCUCCGUCAGAGCUCAUAUCCAUCAACUCCUUCAGCCAGAUACUUCUUGAAUGCAAUCAUCAUAAAUUUUCAUAUCUUCGAUUUUCCUCCAUAUAAACCGUUCUUUGGCACACAGUCAAUAUACAUACCCUUACCUAUUCCCCAACCUCCACAAUUUCGUCAGUCAGUAUGGUCGGUCACGGCAUGACGGGGAUGCUCGGUGAAGAUGGUAUUCAUGUCGAUAUGAACCACCUGAAGAAGGGUGAAGUUAACCUCGGAACGUCAAUUAUGGCAAUCAACUUCAAGGACGGUGUUAUAUUGGGUGCCGACAGCCGAACGACCACUGGAGCUUACAUCGCCAACCGGGUUACCGACAAAUUGACACAGGUGCAUGACACGAUUUGGUGCUGCCGCUCGGGGUCGGCCGCUGACACACAGGCUGUGGCUGAUAUUGUAUCCUACCAUCUCAACAUGUACUCGAUCACAAACAACGAGGCGCCAAGCACUCAGGUUGCCGCCGCACUGUUCCAGGAGCUGUGCUAUGAGAACAAGGACAUGCUAAGUGCUGGCAUCAUUAUUGCUGGAUAUGAUCCUCGGCACGGAGGACAAGUUUACUCGAUACCUCUGGGCGGAUCCCUCCACAAGCAAUCGUACUCCAUCGGCGGAUCUGGUUCAACCUAUAUCUACGGCUACUGCGAUGCAAACUGGAAGGAGAAUAUGACUGAGGAAGAAGGCGUCCAGUUUGUUCGGUCAGCUCUGCAGGAGGCGAUCAAGUGGGAUGGUAGCUCUGGCGGUGUGAUCCGGAUGGUGGUUUUGACGGCCAAGGGCGCUCAGCGACAUCUCUACCUGCCGGACACGGGUUACACUGGCCCAGGUGUUACCAACUAAUGAGUGUAUCCGUUUGGAGUGAUGAUUCAUAUCGUUGUUAGCUGUCGAUCAACAUGACCUUUCCUUCUCCCUGGCACUGAAGAUAGCCUCAUUCUAGGCAUGAGUUCGCCGCCAAUGUAAGCGGUAAAUCAGCCUGCUUCUGGACAAUCAGGACAAGGCGUGGUCUUGUCAACCGAGAGUCAGGAAGAAGGACUAUUCGCAAACCACGGUCAUAUCUUCUAGCAAGUUGCGCGGUGCUUGCUCAUCAUAUGCGUGUCUUGGCUUGGGAUUUGACCUCACCCACUGCUCG